AUGCUGUGCUACGAAAUCGACGACGAGUCGCUCCGCCUGGUCCUCCAGAUGCAGUUGGAGGACUUGGAGGACAUCAAGGAGAGUAGCAAGGGCAAGUGCCGAGUGGACGAGAUCUCUGACCUCGACCUGGCUGUCGAUGCAUACCACGCGGAACUGGAGUCGCAAGCUGUGCUCGCGGCCGCGGCGGAUAGGUGUAUGUGCAAGAGCAUGGCCAAAGCAAAUCAGUCCGACGGGCUUCUCAUUACGAUUCUCACGAAACAGGAGAACCAGGCCACUCGCGACAGAGAAGCGGCUAUUCGACUCAGUAAUGGGGCCACACUCGGCGAGGACGUGUCUUCUACGAAUCUCCCCGUCUCGUCAGAUGAGUCUUCCGCAAACGCGGAAGAUGAGAUGUUUUUACGAAAGCUCGCAUCUCUCUACGUCUCUGUUGACUAUGGUGAGGAAGAGAAUGACGACGACGACGACGACGAGGAAGAGCCAGAGUCGUCAUCGUGGGCGGCCUCCAGGAAGCAACCCGAUGCGGUAGCAAUCAGACCGACUAGGCGGGAGAAGAAGACAACAUGCGACAGCUGCAAGGAUGCCUACCACCCAAUAGCAGUCGCUCAGCUUCCAUGCAAACACAACUACUGCCGCGACUGCCUGCGGACCCUCUUCGAGCUCUCCCUCACAGACGAGUCGCUCUUCCCGCCGAGAUGCUGCAAGUUGCCUAUCCCCGUGGACGGAGGCUAUGCCAGCGUUCUACUACCCCCGAAGCUGGUAGGGGAGUUCCGAGCAAAGGAGGUCGAGUUUUCGACGCCCAACAGGACGUACUGCCACAGGCCGACCUGCUCCAAGUUCAUCCCCAAGGAGUUCAUCAGAGCCGACGUCGGGACCUGUCCGCAGUGCCAACAGCAGACGUGCACGAUGUGCAAAGGCGCCGAGCACGGGAACCAGGACUGCGCGCAUGACACGCUGAUGCAAGCGCUUCUCGAAGUCGCCGCCACCAACAAGUGGCAGCGCUGCUUCUCCUGCCGAAGGAUCGUGGAACUCAACCACGGGUGCUACCACAUAACCUGUCCCUGCGGAUCCGAGUUUUGUUACCUCUGCAGCCUGCGGUGGAAGACAUGCACCUGUGAGCUUUGGAACGAGGAGCGGCUCUAUGCCCGCGCUAACGUGCUCGUGAAUCGGGAGGCCGGCGCAAUUGACUUGAACGCCGCGGCUAGAGCUCGACGUGUCGAGAGAGAGGCGCGCAACCUCGUUGCACACCACGAGUGCCUUCACGAUACCUGGAUGCGCCGCAACGGUAGUUUUCGAUGCGAGGAGUGUCGCGACAGAUUACCAGAGUACAUCUAUGAAUGUGCCCAGUGUCGCAUCCACGCGUGUCACAGGUGCCGACACAAUCAACUAUGA